CUAAGAAUAUCCAAACGAUCCUUGCUUCCCUUGUACCCGCGACGCUCAGAACUCCCUCGAAAGUGCGACCACGAUGCCCCCUCGAAAGAAACCGAAGCUUGCCGCCCCGUCCGAAUCCUCGAACACCCCCGGCAAUGAGAGCGCAACGCAGCCAAACGUGGACUACGACCCCGUCACGGACCCAUGGACCGAUGAACAGGAGACGGCCUUGUUGAAGGGCAUCAUCAAAUGGAAGCCUGUCGGCAUGCACAAGCAUUUUCGCAUGAUCGCCAUCUCAGAGUUUAUGAAGAGCCAAGGAUAUGCGCCUCCCCACGCGGAACAUACUCGAAUACCUGGAAUCUGGAAGAAGCUCGGAACGUUAUACAAUCUUCCUGCGCUGGACGAACGGGAAGACUCGUUGAUCACCGACACCACCGAUGACGUCGAAAACUCUAAGGAACUAUACUGCCCCUUCGAUCUCCCCGAGGAUGAAUACGGGGACUUGAUGUUUGAAAGGCGACUUGCGAUGGAAGGCUCCGUGUCCCCAGUCAACAGCCCCCAUCCAGAAUCCAGGCGAGGCAGCACCGUGGCGGAUACAGACGAACCACGAUCCUCUCCCGCCCCCUCACGAGGAAGAAAGCCAGGUCGUGGUGGUCGUCCAUCAACGCGUGGUACACGUUCGUCGCGACUUCACAUGGAGGUUGAACCCAGGAGGAAACGGUCAGGCACUGGCGAGGAGGAUGGGGACUCUGAAGAAACCACUCCCAAUGACGAUGGCGAUGAGGACGGCACAGAUGGUGCGAAGGAUGAUAGCGAAGGGGAGGACGAUGUCGACGACGGUGGAGGCUCUCCAACCACGAGAAGCACACGGGCCCAAACAUCCCGCUCGAAACAGAAGGGCAGAGGUGCGCCAACGGGACCAAGAAGAGGAGCUCGAAGGCGCUAGCAUAAAUGGAUCCCCAGGUUCUCUUUUCUUUCCAUUAUUUUCCAUUAUGUCCCCCCACGAUACCUUGGCGAACAUCAGGAUGGCGUUUUCUGUAUUUUAUGGAUCCAAUGGUCACAGCCGAGGCAAAUACGAUUUGUUCAUGCG